AUGUACUCACUUGCUCUCACAACCCUCAUCGCAGCCCAUGGCGUCAACGCAUGGGGUACUCUGGGCCAUGAGACCGUUGCCUACAUUGCUCAAGACUUCGUUCAAUCAGCUACAAAGACCUGGGCUCAAAGUAUCCUUGGCGAUACAUCAACCUCUUACCUCGCUAAUGUCGCCACCUGGGCCGAUACCUACCGUUACACUACUGCAGGAGCCUUCAGCGCCCCAUACCACUUCAUCGACGCCGAGGACAGCCCACCUUCGUCUUGCAGUGUGAACUACAAUCGUGAUUGUGGUGCAAAGGGAUGCUCUGUCUCGGCCAUCGCCAAUUACACAUCUCGUCUGCAGAUCUCGAGUCUUUCUGCUGGUGAGAUCACAAAUGCACUGAAAUUCAUCGUGCACUUUGUUGGUGAUAUUACUCAACCUCUUCACGAUGAGGCGCUUGAGUGGGACACCAACAUGCCCGAACAACUUCGUGGUGGCUAUGCCCUCUCUGACGCCCGCACCUGGGCCACAAAUCUCACAACAGAGAUCAAGACCGGCAUCUAUAAAUCUAGAGCAUCCUCCUGGGUCUCCGGCCUCAACAUCAACGACGCGGUCGACACGGCCAUGACAUGGGCCUCGGAUGCUAAUGCGUAUGUCUGCACUACCGUCUUGCCGAAGGGUCAGAGUGCCGUAGAGAGCGGUGACCUCUACCCCAAGUACUACAACUCUGCCGUGCCCACAAUCGAGAUCCAGAUUGCCAAGGCUGGAUAUAGAUUGGCGAAGUGGUUGGAUGCUAUUGCUGCCACGCAGUCGAAAAACAAAAGGGCGGCGCUGGUGGAGAGGCGUGUACAGCCUGUACAGGGCAACGAGUUGUUGGUCGGUGUGUCGCAAGAGAUGACCCCUGCGAAGCUCAGGAGGGCGGCCAUUGGGUGGGGUUGCGGACAUAAGCAUUGA